UUCCGUCCGGGCCUGGCCGAGGUUCGUGCUCCGCGGACCGAGGGCGGGGGUACAGAGGUGGCAGCUGAGGGAGUAGGCGGCGCGGGAGGCCGUGGAGCUCAAGCCCAGACCAAUCCGUGCGUCCCGGGCCACGACCCUGAUCCUGCAGCGCAGUGAGAAGCGAAACCGGCCGGAUGGGCCGCUGAGCCCGAGUCGGGGACCGUGCGGAGCCCCCCUGAAGCUGAGAUCAGGAUGUUCCGCUUCAUGAGGGACGUGGAGCCUGAGGAUCCCAUGUUCCUGAUGGACCCCUUUGCUAUUCACCGUCAGCAUAUGAGCCGCAUGUUGUCAGGUGGCUUUGGCUAUAGCCCCUUCCUUAGCAUCACAGAUGGCAACAUGCCAGGGACCAGGCCUGCCAGCCGCAGGAUGCAGGCUGGGGCUGUCUCCCCCUUUGGGAUGCUGGGAAUGUCGGGUGGCUUCAUGGACAUGUUUGGGAUGAUGAAUGACAUGAUUGGAAAUAUGGAGCAUAUGACAGCUGGGGGCAAUUGCCAGACCUUUUCAUCUUCUACUGUCAUCUCCUACUCCAAUACUGGUGAUGGUGCCCCCAAGGUCUAUCAGGAGACAUCAGAGAUGCGCUCAGCACCAGGCGGGAUCCGGGAGACACGGAGGACUGUCCGCGACUCAGACAGUGGACUAGAGCAGAUGUCCAUUGGGCAUCACAUCCGAGACAGGGCUCACAUCCUCCAGCGUUCCCGAAAUCACCGCACAGGAGACCAGGAGGAACGGCAGGACUAUAUCAACCUGGAUGAGAGUGAGGCAGCAGCAUUUGAUGAUGAGUGGCGAAGAGAGACAUCCAGAUUCCGGCAGCAGCGCCCUCUGGAAUUUCGAAGGCAUGAGGCAUCUGUGAGUGGGGGUCGAAGGGCCGAGGGGCCUCCCCGCCUGGCCAUCCAGGGACCUGAGGACUCCCCCUCCCGACAGUCCCGCCGCUAUGACUGGUGAAGGCCCCCUAAGUCCUCAGCCUUUCAUGUACAGGCUGAGAAAUCAUCCCCUGAAAAAACUUUUUCCUGUCCAACUCCCACCCCCAAUUUAAUAUUAAAUUAACAGGCAAGCUGGCCCCCACCUCUCCCUGGGGGUCUCAGGGAGAACCUUACACUGCCCUCGAUACCUACAUUUUCUGUCUUUAAUCCCCUUACCACACAAUGACUCCACUUGUUCUAUUAUCCACUAACUUGAUUUUUCAUUUUGCUGCUCCAUCUUCAAACCUCAUUUUCUCCAUUGUACCCCUGCCAUGUGCAGAAGGGGUGAGCUCUGGGUUUAGAGACCUCCUCCAUCCCUUAGCUACCCUGGAUCUUUGCCCACCUGUUCCUCAGAGCCCUUAGUACAGGAGUCAUAGUCCUGUCCAGGGCUGUGGAGAGUUCCCAACUCUUGUCUCCCCCCCACGCUCCCAUUCACUCACAUCACAAAAACCUUCCCCAUACCCUUCUUUGCCUUUAUUUUUUGAUUUGUGCAACUUGUAACUAGGUGUUUAUGGAAUAAAGGAGAAUGAGAAAAAAAAAAAAGGAGGA